CUUCAGGCUGAGCAGUUCACAGAAUGACGAUCUAGUGGCUUCCUUAUAUCUCCGAAUUCAAUUUCACAUCAAAUUAUUAGGAAUUUCAACUACACUUAUUUACAGAAAGAGGGGCUAGGAUCCUAUAAAAAUGGUAAUAAGAGCAUUGCCGAUUCUUUUCUUUCUACUAGGACUACUUGGGAUAUCGUCUGAUAUCAAUCAACUGUUAGUUUAUGGUUGGAAAAGAAAUAGCAGUGGAUUUCUUAUUCCAGAUCCUCAAGAUCUGAACGGCAGUAUCAUCGACAAUCCAGUGGAUAUACCUAACUCUAGAACUUUAGAACUUUUGCAGAAUGGAACAGAUGUCAAAAUAUUUAGGGAAGGAUCACAAGUGAUUAUCAGAAGGUACUGGUACCCAUACCUAGUUUUGGGAGUCCAGAACCAAUCACCAGCAACUACCCUAUUCACAACACCUGCACCUGGACCUACAAACUUCACAACCCAGGCCAUCCCAACUAAUGCAAAUGCCAGUACAGAAGGCUUUAAUACAACAACAACAGCAACAACAACAACAACAAUACCAAUAACAAGAACAACAGCAGCAACAACAAAAUCAAUUACUUCAGCAUAUAUAGUUACAAGUCAUCUAACACAGAAUUAUACAUCUACGACUGAUCAAUCUGUGACACCUACCACGAGUGUUAACCUAACAACCACAAAUUUAACCAUAACUACAAUAACAGCUAGUGCUACUCCUACAUCACAGACAGAAAAUUCUACCACAGCUGUGACCGACUUGAAAACAUCUACUCAAGGAACAAGGAAUACUACUACAUUUUCAACACAGACAACUGCAACUUCCAAUAUUACUGAAAUAAAGACAACUACUCCAAUAGGACCAACAUCAGAGGUAACAUUGGCGACAAACACAAAUGGAACAACAUUGACAACAAACACAAAUGGAACAACAACAACAACAACAACAACGAAUACUGGUACAUCUCCAACACAAACAACUACAACAUCCAAUAUUACUGAAUUAAAGACAACUACUCCAAUAAGAUCAACAUCAGAGGUAACAUUGACAACAAACACAAAUGGAACAACAACAACAACAACAACGAAUACUGGUACAUCUCCAACACAAACAACUACAACAUCCAAUAUUACUGAAUUAAAGACAACUACUCCAAUAAGAUCAACAUCAGAGGUAACAUUGGCGACAAACACAAAUGGAACAACAUUGACAACAAACACAAAUGGAACAACAACAACAACAACAACAACAACAACAACGAAUACUGGUACAUCUCCAACACAGACAACUACAACAUCCAAUAUUACUGAAUUAAAGACAACUACUCCAAUAAGAUCAACAUCAGAGGUAACAUUGGCGACAAACACAAAUGGAACAACAACAACAACAACAACGAAUACUGGUACAUCUUCAACACAGACAACUACAACAUCCAAUAUUACUGAAAUAAAGACAACUACUCCAAUAAGAUCAACAUCAGAGGUAACAUUGGCGACAAACACAAAUGGAACAACAUUGACAACAAACACAAAUGGAACAACAACAACAACAACAAAUACUGGUACAUUUGCAGCACAGACAACUACAACAUCCAAUAUUACUGAAUUAAACACAACUACUCCAAUAAGACCAACAUCAGAGGUAACAUUGACAACAAACACAAAUGGAACAACAACAACAACAACAACAACAACGAAUACUGGUACAUCUCCAACACAGACAACUGCAUCACCCACUAUUACUGAAUCAAAGAAAACUACAGUGUCAGAGGUAACACUAAGCACUAACACAACUGGAACAACAGCAAUCGUAACAAAUAUUACUACAUCUCCAUCACAGAAAUCUACAACACCCACUAUUAAUGAAUCGAAUACAACCAUUUCAGUAUCAGGGACAACAACAACAACAACAAUUUCUCCUACAAUACCAUUACAGAAGGAUACAACAACUUUAAAAGCAAGUUCAACACCAGGGAAAGCAACAUCCCAAACACCAACCAUAAAGACAACCGAAAUUAUAACAUCACCAGCAAUGACAAUAACAACAACAAGUAAUACUACUAAUGCCACAUUUCCGACACAGAAAUCUACAACAGCUGUGAAAGAAUUAACAACAACAAAGAUAUCAUCCACAAGCACGAUUAAAAUACCACCACCAACAACAACAACAACAACAAAAACAACAACAACAACACCAGCAACCAAAACAACCACCACCACAACCACCACAACAACGACGACAACAACAACAACGACAACAACACCAACAGCACCCCCUGUCACAUUUGUAGUAAUUAUCACAUUUACUCUCGACAUGACGUACACUGCAGACCUCGCAAAUCCUUCAUCGGCUUCCUUUCUGUCACUCGCUGCAUUUAUUAUAGAGCAGCUUGAUUUAAUAUUUAGGUCAGCAUUUAGCAGACGGUACAGCCAUUGUCAAAUCAACAGCUUUCAUAAAGGAUCUGUUAUAGUUAAUGCAACAGCGUUCUUUAUUGAUGUUAUACCUGCUGAUAAGACGAUAGUGGAGACUUUGACGUCUGCCUGGGAAAAUCACCUCACCGCCUUGCCUCUAGUGAAUGGCACUGUUGCUGCUGGACAAUUUACCCAAGCUAGCAGCGCUUCAUGGGAAGUGUCCCCUUCUACAGUCACCCUCCUGCUCACAUGUCUACUUCUAAUAACACAAACUUUUUCAUAUAUAUACUCUACGGGGAGUUUUUAGCGUCAUGAAGGACAAAAAAUCCAAAUUAAAAUUGUACUUGAAUGUAAUCUAUUUAUAUCAUAUAGUGAUAAGGAAGCUCUUCCUUAUGGUUUAUUAAUCCCUUAUGGAAGUUUAAAUGUACAGUAGAUGAAUGUUUGUAAAGGCACAUGAACCCUAACAUUGUAAGUCGCUCUGGAUAAGAGCGUCUGCCAAAUGCGUAAAUGUAAUGUAAUGUAACAUUAUUUAUAAAGAGCUAAUAUCUAUUUGGUAGAUUUCAGGGAUUCCUCCUAAAUCUGUAUCUUUGUUUUUGUUUAUUACCAUGUCUGGUCUUGUAACUCUUUAUUGUAUGCGUAGGAUGUUUGCUUUUGUAUAUUUUUCCACGAGACCUUCAUAUACUGUAUGGGUUGGUGUUUUCUUACAGUAUGUGUUGUGUGAUGUCACACUGCAAUUGUUACUAUUUUAGGGAGCCAAUACGGAUAAACAGUAUGCCACAAAACUAGAGAAAAAGUAGAAAAAGGACCCCAUCCCCCCACACACACGUUCAUGUUCAUCGAUCACAGUACUUAGACUUUGGUUUGUAAUAAUAAUAAAGUUAUUAUUUAUUUUUGGAAUAUGCAAGUAAAAACAAACA